AUGAGGCCAAGAUUCGACAAUGGAUCCUCAAAACCUCCCCAGGACGUAGAAUGUAUGGGCAAAGUCGUAAUUCGCAACAUCCGCAUUCGAUUUGUCAGCGACGAUAGCUUGCGAGUUUGGCUUGACAAAUAUGGAAAAAUUGAAGGUAACGUCCAGUCCUCCUUUUUCGAACAUACAUGCAGCAGCAGCAAAUUAAAUGCAGUCGUCUGCUCCAUUUCGGACAACGAGGACAUGUAUAUUCUUUUAUUGUUUUUGACAGAGACCAAGAUCUACAGCAAUUGUGCCGUCGUGAAGUUUGCCUCUGACUUGGAGGCAGCCGGCGCGGUUCAGUGUGAGGAUGGUAUUCGUCGCUUCGGUUCCAUCGCUAGUGUUAAGCACGCGGAACCGGAAAUACUUAGAGCUCUGGAACGUACAGAGCCACUGCGAAUGAAUGAUUAUCAGGGGAGUACUGGUGGGGGUGGUGGUAGCGGUUCUGAGUCACGCUCCCGGCGGCGACGCAGUCCUUCGAUCGAUAAUGACUCCUCCUCCCGAUCACGCAAGCGGUCCCCAUCUCCUCGAAUUUCUUCCGCCCAGACCCUAGCUGUCCUGGCCAUCACCCACGAUUUGGUACCCUAUGCGGAGGUCGUACAGGAGCGCAUUGCGGCUCUGGCGGGCUCUGCAGUGCUGAAGGGCUGUCAUCUGCCUCGGUCGCACAUUAUGGUCCUGGUCAGCAUUGACCAUCUCACCCCCUGUAUACAGGAUCUGACCAAUGACGGCGUCCUCUAUGCUGUCAUCGUUAAUGGUCCCAAUUGGACGCAUAGCUCCUGUAUCCUACGAAUUCUCCAC